AUGACGGGGAAGCUUUUUCGUUACUUCUCAAUCAAGGUGAGCCAGCCUUCCCAGUUUCGACAUCAUAACUUCGUUUUCGAACCCAACACCCAAGCAUUCCAUUUCAAAACCGCUGACCAAAUGAUGCAGUGGACUUUCCUAUCUUUUUUCUUCGUCUUUGUCGUCGGGUCUGCCAUUUGCGGAGCCGCUCAGUCGUCCUCAAUGUUCAUCAUCGGGCGCGCAAUCGCAGGUGUUGGGUCUUCCGGCAUUGGUAAUGGAGCCUUGACCAUCAUUUCGGCCAUUCUGCCCCCUCGAGCGCAGGCACAGGCCAUGGGCGUCAACAUGGGUCUUGGCCAACUUGGCCUCGCAUUGGGUCCAAUCGUGGGCGGAUUGUUCACUGAAUACACGACUUGGCGCUGGUGCUUCUACGUCAACCUUCCUAUCGGCGCCGUUGUAGGUUUGCUCUUGCUACUCUUCAGAAUCCCGGAGCCGGCACCGAAGCCCCCAGCAAGCCAAGUCCUAAAGACGGCCAUCAAGUCUCUGGACCUGCCUGGCUUCGCACUCAUCGGCCCAGCGGCUGUAAUGUUCCUCCUAGGAAUCCAGUAUGGUGGCAACGAACACCCUUGGAACAGUGCGACCGUCAUCGGGCUCAUCGUCGGGGGGUUGAUUACUUUUAUCCUGUUUCUAGUGCAUGAGCAUCGCACUGGAGAUGACGCCAUGGUACCGUUCGCCAUGCUCAAGCACCGCAUCAUCUGGUCAGCCGCAGGUAACAUGUUCUUCCUGCUAGCGACUGUUCUCGUGGCCGACUUCUAUCUUGCCAUCUAUUUUCAGGCUAUACAUAACGAUACACCUCUCAUGAGCGGUGUACAUAUGCUGCCAACGACCUUGGCCAUAGUGAUAUUUACUAUGAUUUCCGGAACAGCAAUCGAAGCAUUAGGAUACUAUCUUCCUUGGGUGCUGUCUGGAGCUGCAAUAUCUGCUGUUGGCUAUGGUGUAUUUUCCACGCUGAGUCCCACCACGACGACGGCCCAGUGGAUAGGCUACCAGGUUCUUUACGGCGUUGGUGGUGGUUCCAUGGCUGCAGGAGCCUUCAUCGCGGUGCAAAACUGCGUCCCAGCAACGCAGAUCCCCACCGCAAUGUCUAUUGUCCUCUUCUGCCAGAAUAUUGGUGCGGCAGUAGCACUGCCCGCCGCAAACGCGAUCUUCAGCAACACCUUGAGGAGCCAGCUUUUAGAUAGAAGGGGGGAUGUUGGUGUCGACCCCGAGAUUAUCAUCGGCGCUGGUGUUCGCGGCAUUCGCAAUAUCGUGCGGGGUGACAAGCUUGCUGCUACUUUGGAAGCCUACAGCAACGGCAUCGAUGCUGUAAUGUAUCUCGGCAUAGCUGUUGCCGUUGCCGCGUUUGGUUUUGGUUGCGGGUUGGGCUUCAAGGAUAUUCGGAAGGAGAAGAAACUUCGAGAGUUACGGUCUUCAGACUCAAAGGACUGGUGA